AUUGUUAUUUUGCCUUCAAUGUGGCUCAAAGAAUUAAAGUUUCUUUCAUUUAUAUCAGCAGGAGGUGUUGUAGCAUCUAGUGUCAUCAGUCUUUGUAUUUUGUGGACUGGUGCUGCUGAAGGGGUAGGAUUCCAUAAUAAAGGAGAGAUAUUGCAUAUGGGUGGAACUCCCACUGCCCUUGGCUUUUAUGCACUCAGUUUUACUGCUCAUUCGUUCCUUGCUUCCUUAUACUCUUCUAUGGAAGACAAAACUCAAUUUUAUAAGGUUUUGAUCAUCAGCUUCAGUUUGAGCACCUUUGGUUAUAUUUCUAUUGGAAUUAUGGGGUACUUGAUGCAUGGCAAAGAUGUCUCAUCACAAGUAACAUUGAAUCUGUCCAAAAACAAAAUUAGCUCAAAAAUUGCAAUAUACACUAUUCUUAUAAUUCCCACAGCAAAGUUUGCGCUAAUAAUGUCACCUGUUGUAGAUUCCAUUGAGAGAAAUCUUCUUACCCAUUACAAUGUUGUGGUUCUCCGACCACUUUAGAGAAGAAAUAUGAGAAAAAUAAAAAGAAUUCUAUUACUCUCUUGGAAAUAGAAUACAAAAAUAAAAAACUUCUCUCGUGGAGAUUCUCACGUGGAACCUCUCUCUACACUGUCAAAUUCUCUCUGGAAUUGCUCACUCUUCUCUCAAGCUCUCUCUGGAACUUAAACACACUCUCUCUCGGAGUUUACUCUCAAUACUCCUCACUUGGGAUGAUAUUAAGCUUGCUCUCUUGGAUUUUUUUGCAUGCAACGGGAUGAACCUAUUUAUAGGCUUACAAGGUCGGUUGCAUGGCCACAAUCUUCAACAGCUUCUAACAGUAGCCCACAAUUGUUGAGCAAGUUGGAGUUCGUUGUUAAAUGCAGCAACCAUUGUCAACAAUGAUGGCUGAGCAGUCUUCACACUGUCGGUGCAGUGAUGGUGCAGCUGGACUUCACAAUUCUCCCCCUCCAGCCGCAUUUAAACUGAUGGUCAUCUGCCAUCCAUACCGGCUAUGUCUCUGCAUAGCUUCAACUUCUCUUGAGCAACAACUUUUGUUAGCAUAUCUGUUGAAUUCUCUUUUGUGUGGAUCUUCAUCAGUUUCAGCAACUGUUGAUCUAUUACUUCGCGUAUCCAAUGAUAGCGGAUGUCAAUGUGCUUUGUACGGGAAUGAUACAUUGAGUUUUUGCUCAAAUCCAUGGCACUUUGGUUAUCACAAUGUAUCUUGUAGUCUUCUUGCUUGAUACCCAAUUCUGUGAGAAAACGCUUUAACCACAACAUUUCUUUACCUGCUUCCGCUG